GCGGUGACGGUGCACGCGACUGGGCGGGCUGCGAGGGAACCCCGCGAAGCGGAGGAGGGGGUUGCGUCCGAAUGGAGAGCCGUGGAGUCCGCGCUGGCCCUCGCGCGCGCGUGGGGUGAGCCGGCGGGACUGUUGACGUUCCGUCCACGUCUGGCAGUGGGAAGGAUCGACAAGACCAUGCUGGCGGGUCUGAAGGUCAAGAAACAGGAGCUGGCCAACAGCUCGGAUGUGACCCUCCCAGAUCGGCCACUGUCCCCUCCUCUCACUGCACCUCCAACCAUGAAGUCGGCGGAAUUCUUCGAGAUGCUGGAGAAAAUGCAGGGGAUCAAGCUUGAAGAGCAGAGGCCAGGACCUCAGAAGAACAAGGAUGACUACAUCCCAUACCCCAGCAUUGAAGAGGUUGUGGAGAAGGGAGGCCCAUACCCUUUGAUCAUUCUGCCCCAGUUUGGGGGUUACUGGAUCGAGGACCCGGAGAAUGUGGGCACACCAACAUCUCUGGGCAGCAGCGUCUGUGAGGAGGAGGACGAGGACAGCCUCAGCCCCAACACAUUCGGUUACAAGCUUGAGUGCAGGGGUGAAGCCAGGGCCUACCGCAGGCACUUCCUAGGCAAGGAUCAUCUAAACUUUUACUGUACUGGCAGCAGCCUGGGGAACUUGAUCUUGUCCAUCAAGUGUGAGGAAGCUGAGGGCAUUGAGUACCUCCGGAUCAUUCUCAGGUCCAAACUGAAGACGGUGCAUGAGCGAAUCCCCUUGGCUGGACUGAGCAAGUUACCCAGCGUCCCCCAGAUUGCCAAGGCUUUCUGUGAUGAUGCAGUGGGGCUGAAAUUCAAUCCUGUCCUGUACCCCAAGGCCUCUCAGAUGAUUGUGUCCUAUGAUGAGCAUGAUGUCAACAACACUUUCAAGUUUGGGGUCAUUUAUCAAAAAGCCAGGCAGACCCUGGAGGAGGAGCUAUUUGGGAACAACGAGGAGAGCCCAGCUUUCAAAGAGUUCUUGGACCUGCUUGGGGACACGAUCACACUCCAGGACUUCAAAGGGUUUCGAGGAGGCCUGGAUGUGACCCACGGACAGACAGGGGUGGAGUCGGUGUAUACAACCUUCCGGGACCGGGAGAUCAUGUUUCAUGUCUCUACAAAGCUGCCCUUCACGGAGGGCGACACACAGCAGCUGCAGAGAAAGAGACACAUUGGGAAUGACAUUGUAGCCAUCAUCUUCCAAGAAGAAAACACACCAUUUGUUCCAGAUAUGAUCGCCUCGAACUUCCUACAUGCCUACAUUGUUGUUCAGGCUGACAGCCCAGGCACAGAGACCCCAUCCUACAAGGUCUCAGUCACUGCACGUGAAGAUGUACCUGCCUUUGGUCCCCCUCUGCCGAGCCCACCUGUUUUCCAGAAGGGUCCAGAGUUUCGGGAGUUUUUACUUACCAAGCUUACCAAUGCAGAGAAUGCUUGCUGCAAGUCGGACAAGUUUGCCAAGCUGGAGGAUCGGACCCGGGCUGCCCUCCUGGACAACCUUCAUGAUGAACUCCACAUACACACUCAGGCCAUGCUGGGCCUGGGCCCUGAGGAGGACAAGUUUGAGAAUGGGGGUCAUGGAGGAUUCUUGGAGUCUUUUAAGAGGGCCAUCCGUGUGCGCAGCCAUUCCAUGGAGACCAUGGUGGGCAGCCAGAGGAAGCUGCACAGUGGGACCAUCCCUGGCAGCCUCAGCGGGGGCAUCGUCCACAACAGCAUGGAGGUCACCAAGACUACCUUCUCGCCUCCAGUGGCCGCAGCAACAGUGAAGAACCAGUCACGGAGCCCCAUCAAGCGGCGGUCUGGGCUCUUCCCUCGCCUACACCCUGGUUCUGAAGGCCAGGGGGACAGCCGGACACGAUGUGACAGUGCCUCCAGUACCCCCAAGACCCCGGAUGGUGGACACUCUUCUCAGGAGAUAAAGUCUGAGACCUCAUCUAAUCCCAGCUCUCCGGAAAUCUGUCCCAACAAAGAGAAGCCCUUCAUAAAGUUGAAGGAGAAUGGCCGUGCCAACAUCUCCCGCUCCUCCUCCAGCACCAGCAGCUUCAGCAGCACAGCGGGGGAGGGCGAGGCCAUGGAGGAGUGUGACAGUGGGAGCAGUCAGCCAUCCACAACGUCACCCUUCAAGCAGGAGGUGUUUGUCUACAGUCCGUCCCCAAGCAGCGAGAACCCCUGCCUGGGGGCUGCUGCCACACCCAUCAUCAUGAGCCGGAGUCCCACAGAUGCCAAAAGCAGAAACUCCCCGAGGUCAAACCUGAAGUUUCGCUUUGAUAAGCUCAGCCAUGCCAGCUCUAGUGCGGGUCACUAAUGUGGAAGAGGAGUCCUUCCCCUAUCCAAGGGGAGUCUUGAUUCUAGCCUGUGGAAUGCUCCUGUUCUAGCAGUUUGGGGGUGCCGUCCACUACUCUGACUGUUCAGGCCUGCUGUCUCACUGGCCUCCUACCCAGAUGACCAGCUGUCUAUUCCAUGUCUUGACCUGGCCAUAGUCCUGCUGGCUUCUUCAUCAAUAGACCUGAAGCACCUGCCCAUCUCUGGACAAGGCCUCCUACCCAGAGGCCACCCUGUUCCUCACCUCCCAAUGUGACGUCUGUCUGGGUCAACUGCCAUCUUGUUUUGUCUGCAGGAAAAGGGUUGGGCAAGGGGAGGACCUGGGUUCCAGGGUGUUCAGAUGGAAACUGGGGAGCUAGAGACAGAAGGGGUGGUGAGUGGGGAGCGGAGAUGACUGCAGAGAGCAUGGUGGGUACUGUCUGUCCUGGGUCACAGUGCAGUGCCUUCUUGGACAUGCAUUUGCUUGUGGUGGAAGGGAAGGGCUGUUUUUCCAAGAGCUGAAUCCUAUAAAAAUCAGCUUCAUUGCUCCUGUUCCUCUGGAGUUCCAAAAUAUCUUACUGCUCCUAUGUGAAACACUUCUGACACAUCUACUAGCCCAGGCCUAGGGGGCUCAUAACCCUGCUGCCAGGUUCUCCUUAGGGGGCUCAGGCUGGUGGCCAGCUCAGAGUCAGAGCUGGGUAUGUCUGGGACCUGGCUGUAUACUUCCUUGACUGUCCUCUCAAGGUGUUUCCUUUCUCAUUUCACAUAUGCUCCUGAUUAUCCUAGCUGUAGGAGAAGCCCAGGUAGUUUUCCCCCUUUGAUUAAAUAUUUUUCCUAUGAAGGAAUGGACAGCCAGGAGUUCAGGGAGAGCAAAUGACCAGUGCUGGGUGUUUGCUGGUUGAGAAAACCAAAUGACCAGCCUCUGGAUGCAAAGACUCAGCUGGGGUCCAGGUCUCCACUUUUGUGAAAGUUCAAAAAAGGUGUACUUAUUUCAGUCCAUCCCUUAGGUAAGAGGGGAAAGGUGUGGUAGGGGAUGACUUGGCGAGUUCUAGUCAGGCCAGUGUGUGAAGGUUGAACUUAGUGUUGGAAAGAAUACUUUGUCCUUUCAUAAUUUGUGUUCCUGGCAUCUGUGAGGGGCCCAGUAUUGCCUGGGGGCUGCUUCUAGGCUCAGCCUCUCAACUCAACCCUCCUUCACCCCCUCUCCACUUGCAGGUCUCUAGGCAAUUGCCACAUCUGUAGGACUCCUGUAAGCCCAGGUCCAUGUGCCUGUGCUUUAUACAUUGCACGUUGCACCCGACCAGGGCCACCUUCUGUGGGAUGAGCCUGCUCAUCAGCCCUUCUGGCUUCUCAGCCUUCCAACCCUGCAAGGCUUUCUGAUGUUGGGUGUGGGGUGGAGCAUCCUCCAGCCUAAACACCAAGGCUAAACAGCAACCCUUGAAGGUCUUGCAACUUUAAGUACACACAGGCCUCUGGCACAGGGCUGCUGGGGCUGAUGCUGGCUGGGCGUCUGCUUCAGUGACCAGAUGACAAGAUUUCUAACCAAGUGCUUUAUCUCUCUGCAUAAGGAUCUAUUCCCAAGCCAAAGCACAGACAUGUGACAGUGUUUGGGGCUGAUAUUGUUAACUCUUUCCCCUCUUGCUUUUGUCAUCUGAGCAAAAUUUUGAUUCUUUGUUCUCAUUGCACUUAUAGCCAGGGGAGGGGGACUGCUCCCUUCACCCAUUUGGAAAACCUGCUUGCAUAAAGUACUAGUCUGGUAAGAUUCAUUCUAGCUAGAAGGUCAACAGAAUAUCUGUUUAGCUUUUAUUAAAAGUCAGUGUAGCAGCACCCACUGCUGGAAGGAGGCCCAUAGAUUCUGGCGACACUGUACUGGCAGGUUUCCACAGGAACUUCAAAGGUCAAACGAUGUUUUCUUUGAAACUAUUACAAGGGUUCUGGCUCCCUUCUCUGGGUAGCACAUAGUUACAGUUGCUCAAUGGUUGUGCAGUGCUGUAUUAUGGUCUGGGAUCCUCUGGGGGCUGAAUGAGAAUGAGGGCCCAGCCCCCUACAGCCCUCUGGACUGUGGGCAGCAGCUUAGAGUCUUACUGAAGCCUCUCAGCUCUUGUGACUGGGCUUGUGCAGAUGAGGCUUCACUCAUAUCUGAAGCCCUUCCACCAUGACCUCUAUGAAAGGCUUUUUUGGUCACACCUCUGGCUUGGCACUUCCUGCCUUACUGAAGAAGCUAAACUUUGCAGGUGCUGUUAGGCCUCUGUUCUGUCUCCAGUUCUGCUGAUGCUUCAAAACAGAUGCAGGAAAGCUUGAGAUAGAAGGUCUUAGACAGUUUCUGUCUGUGAUAAUGAAUGUCAAAUGGCGUUUCUUGGAAAAUAAUCUGUGGUUCAGUUUUGUGGGCAUCAUUGGAUUCUCAAGCCUUCUGGCCCCUGUUAGCAUCUCAUCCAACAUGUCAUCGUCUAGAUGAGGGGAAAGAACUUGCUUGAGGCCACACAGCCACCUAGUAGCCAAGCUGACACUAGACCCACAGCCCAGGGCCCUUUCCUGUGUGCCAGCUGUGUUGUUGGUCGAGUAAGCCUCUGCCUUUCCUGAGGCCUGGGCUUUGGGGAAGCUGCUUGGCUGGGGCCUCCACACUGGGAGGUGCCAGGAUUGGAGGGUGUUGGCAGGGCCUCAGCCUCUGCUGUUUUUCAUCAUGAGAAAUCUUGGAUUGGUCAGUGAGGGCCCUGGGGUUUGGGGGUGCAGCUUGAAUAAAGGAAACAGGGAGGGAUUCCAGCUCUUGGGCUCUGUGACUAGGGCCUGGGAAAAGAUGCAUUAGCCUUUGACUUCCUUGUUCUGAAUUAAGACAGAAAGUGGUAAAAGUGGUAAAAGGAAACUCUCUCUGGUCCCCCCCCUUUUAUAUGAUGGUGCUGGGAAUGUAUCCAAGGUCUUGCUCAUGCUAAGCAAGUACUCUGCCACUUAGCUAUGCUCCCAGCUUCUCCAGUUCUUAAAAUGGGCAUGGUUAUUGAAAACCCAGAUCAGGUAAUUAGGCAGGAUACAGCCAGUUUCAUUUUCCUUACCUUGACCCCUCAAGGUGCCAACUAAACAUUACCCUUUGUUGUUUAUUUCUUAGUCUGCAAAGACAGUUCUGCUGUGGGAAACUGGCUGGGGUUCAGGUAGAUCUUAUGGCUCCUGGGCUGCAGGGACCAGGCCAAUCAGUCAUGCUCUGAAGCCUAUGUUCCUUACCCAGCUUCUGGCUAGCACCCCCCCCGCCCCCAUUCCCCUAAUCAAAGGCAAAGGCAGGCAGGUAUAGCCCGAAAGGCUAUCUCUUAUAGCUUGGUAGGGGGCCUCUGGGGCAUUCUACCAAGUUCUGGUAUCUGUUUCAUCAGCAGUCCCUUGCUUAUCCUGAUCCUACACCCCUCUUCUUUCAGCUGGGCUGUGUGCCCCUUUGGGAGGAAGAAGACAACCGCCCAGGGCCAAAGGCAGUGGAGCACUACUGAGUACUGAGUGAGCAGGUGCUAGGACAGGGGCUCUGGAUUGGGCUUUGCCAGCCCUGAGGGGAGAGUACUUGACUUGAAGAUUGGGAUUUAAUUGCCAUUGUCUUUGGUUUUGUGACAUUUCCACUUGGAAGGGUGAAAUUCCCCUUCCUGCUCCUUAGUGUGUGGUGUGUGCCAACUCUUCCUUGUGAUGUCACCCUUUGACCUCCAGCUUGGGGAGUGCUGAUGUCUCCAUGUGAAGAGAUGCCUGUGGUAGAGUGUAGUUUGGAAGUGACUCCCUGUGACGAUGAUGACUUUUCUUUCCUUCCUCUUAGUGAGGAGGUGAUUUGUAGACCCUGACUGCCUAUGUAAUGUAAAUAGUGUACAUUUAAUUUAUUGCUAUGGUAGCACAUUGUAUUUGUUAAUGUAUAAAACAAAUUCUAAAAGGUUGACAAAUGUAUAUUUUGUUGCUUAAAUGUGUCUUUGCAGAAAUCAACAAUAAAUAACAUAUUUUGUGUCCAUCAGGGUAUCUGC